GAGAAAAGUGAAAGUCUACUUCUCUUCUCUCCGCUCACUCACUCUUCCCCAGCAAUAUAUAAACAGACCGGGAGGGGAACAUUAACGGACGUCCACAUACUAACAAUAUUAUUUCCCCCCUCCAAUCCCGAUAUAAUGGCCACAGCCGCCCCACUCACCUGCACGGCCUCCGACCUGGCCCCACUCCUCGGCGACACCACCAACGCGACGGCCGUGGCGGACUACCUCUGCUCCCGCUUCAGCACCAUUUCCGACCGCUUCGUCGACACUAGCUAUGCUGUGGAUAACACGUACCUCCUAUUCUCGGCCUACCUUGUGUUUGCCAUGCAGCUCGGGUUCGCCAUGCUGUGCGCGGGGUCCGUGCGGGCCAAGAACACGAUGAACAUCAUGCUCACCAACGUCCUCGACGCGGCUGCAGGUGGCCUUUCCUACUACCUCUUUGGAUACGCUUUUGCAUUUGGCUCCCCCUCCAACGGCUUUAUCGGGAAGCACUUCUUUGGCCUGAGGGACUUCCCGUCCCUGCUAGCCGACUACAGUUUCUUCCUCUACCAGUGGGCCUUCGCAAUAGCUGCCGCUGGAAUCACUAGCGGCUCCAUUGCCGAGCGGACGCAGUUCGUCGCCUACCUUAUAUACUCUUCCUUCCUGACCGGGUUUGUCUACCCGAUCGUCUCCCAUUGGUUCUGGUCGGCCGAUGGUUGGGCCAGCCCCGCCCGGACCAGCGGUCCCCUCCUCUUUGGUUCAGGUGCCAUUGACUUCGCAGGCUCGGGCGUGGUCCAUAUGGUCGGAGGGAUUGCGGGCCUCUGGGGGGCUUUGAUUGAAGGCCCGCGUAUUGGACGAUUCGACCGGGCUGGCCGUUCUGUGGUCCUGCGUGGACACAGCGCAUCCCUUGUGGUCCUGGGGUCUUUCCUAUUGUGGUUCGGAUGGUAUGGGUUCAAUCCAGGCUCGUUCCUCACCAUCCUGAAGGCAUACAACACUAGCGGGGAUUAUUAUGGCCAGUGGAGCGCUAUCGGGAGGACAGCGGUCACGACCACACUAGCAGGCUGCACGGCGGCGCUCACCACCCUGUUCAGCAAGCGGCUCCUCGUGGGCCACUGGACCGUGACCGAUGUCUGCAACGGCCUUCUAGGCGGGUUCGCAGCCAUCACAUCCGGGUGCUCGGUGGUGGAGCCAUGGGCAGCAAUUGUGUGUGGGUUCGUGGCGGCUUGGGUCCUCAUCGGGUUCAACAAGCUCGCCGAGAAGGCCAAGUACGAUGACCCGCUCGAGGCGGCCCAGCUGCAUGGGGGUUGCGGGGCGUGGGGGCUGCUCUUCACGGGGCUAUUCGCAAGGGGGGUGUACGUGGACGAGGUAUACGGGGCACAGGGGCGUCCCCACGGGCUAUUCAUGGGCGGCGGAGGGGAGCUGCUGGCAGCCCAAAUCAUACAAAUCCUUGUGGUGACUGGGUGGGUGACAGCGACUAUGGGGCCGCUGUUCUACGGGCUGCAUAAGAUGAAGCUGUUGAGGAUCUCGGGCGAGGAUGAGAUGCAGGGGAUGGACUUGACCAGGCACGGCGGGUUCGCCUAUGCUUACAAUGAUGAGGACGAUCAGUCGGUGAGGCCCGGGGGGUUCAUGAUGAGGAAGGUGGAACCCACAAGCCCGAGCCCGGAUCAAGGUCAACUCACAGAGUCACCGUCCAUUGUGUGAUCGAUCACUGUAAAGGGCAAAAUAAGUAUUUUUUGCGGAUGGUACGAAGUACGAACUAUGGAAUUUACAUAUAUACAUGUGCUGUUGUACUGUUGUCGUCUGUGUUCUGCUCGUGAUCAUGUGUACACUCAUACUAAUAUGAAGAAGCAUGGAAUGCGCAUACACAAAUUAAGCGAACAUCAUGUGAAAUCUUGAACAUGUGGA